AUGACGACUAAGCAUCUCAAACGACUCAGACCAUGGGAACCUUCAAGUUCCGACUCGUCUUCUUGUGAGAAAGAAGAUGAACUCACCAUGGACGUGAAGCUACAAUCUUCUCCCGCUUCUGAUGUUGCUGCAGCCACCCCGAAGGCUUCGUCUGAGAAGAAGAAAACUGUUCCAGCUAAGAAGGCCAAGAAGAAGGAAGUUUGUGUUUCCGGCGAGGCUAAGAAGAGGGCAAGUGAAGAGACUUCAACCGAAGAUGUGAAUGCCGCAAAACGAGCCAAAAAAGAUGUGAAGAAGCCAAAUAAUCAACGGCUUUGGACGGAAGAAGAUGAGAUCCGUGUGUUGCAAGGAAUCCUUGCUUUCAAAUCUCUAACAGGGAAGACAACGACUGAAGACAAGAGUGGAUUCUAUGAAUUCAUCAAGGAUUCUAUCAGCGUUAAGGUUAGUUUGUCUCAGUGCAUAGAGAAAAUUAAGACAGUGAAGAGGAAGUUUAUGAAUAAAUGGAAGAAGGAUAAAAAACCUGCUUCUACGGAAGCUCAUAAUCUGAAAUCUUUUGAAUUGUCGAAAAUGAUCUGGGGUGUGGAUGAUGCUGAGGAGUCAAGGAAGAAUGAGGGGAUUAAGAAACUAGAAGAUGAAGAUGUGGUGUUUCUUGAACAAAGACAAGAUUGGUUCAAAAACUCGUUUUUGUUUCGACAAGUUGCAAGUCUUGGCGUGAAUGAAGAUUCUCUGAAAAGAAGAUGGAGUUCGGUGGACACAGAGAAGAAGAAGAGGGUUGAAGAUGCAUGGAGAGUCUUGCAAACCAAGGAACUUGGACUUGUGUCGCAAAAGUCAGAGCUUUUGCAUGAAGUGGUUGCUCUGAUCGCUGAAGGAAUCUAG